AUGCACUACAGUUCUCAUUCGACUAGUUCAGCACCUCAGGAAUAUGCAAAGGAAAAUGAAAACACCGAAUAUGGCGAUGUAGGAAUUGCAAUGGCUCAUUACAAGCAGAGACAAGGCCAAAAUCAACAAGCACAUCAACAUCAGCAUGCGCCAUUUCAGCAGCACAGGGUAGCAUUAAGCGAUGUUACCUCACAAGUUUCUAAUAGGAUGUAUAUUAAUAAUGCUUCUGUAAAGCAAUUAGCAACAACAUCAACAGUAGAAAAUGGGGGACCUAAACGUGCAAGUAUGGGUAGAAAUGAGAGGUAUGUUGCAAUCGAUGAAUUGGAAAAUAAACAAUUGCAAUCGCAACAUAAGGUACAACGAUCGGUAGAUCAAUCGGAGGUAUAUGUUGACGUUUUAAAGAGAAAUGAAAUGAUAGGAAAUGAGCAUGCGGAUGCUGUAGUGGAAGAUCAAACGGAGGUGAAUGAGGAUGAUGAUGAGGAGGAGGAGGAAGAUGAGGAAGAUGAUGAUGAUGACAGCGAUGAUGACAGUAAUGAACCUCUGUCACCUGUCUUUAAUGAAAGAAGUGAGGCUAUUUUAGAUCAAGCCUUUAGAGAAUAUCAUCGUGAUUCGCCAGAUCCAUUAGAUGAUGAUACUUAUGACGUGGUUAUGGUUUCAGAGCUUAGUACCGAAAUAUUUGAAUAUCUAAGAGAAUUAGAAAUGAAAUAUAGGCCGAAUCCCUCCUACAUGGAUAUACAACCAGAAUUAAAAUGGUCCUAUAGAAGUACACUAAUAGAUUGGAUUAUUCAAGUACACUCCAGAUUUCAGUUAUUACCUGAAACUCUUUAUUUGACUGUUAAUAUCAUUGAUAGGUUUCUUUCGAGGAAAACUGUUACAUUAAACAGAUUUCAACUUGUGGGGGCAGCCGCGUUAUUUGUGGCAGCUAAAUAUGAAGAAAUUAAUUGUCCAACGUUAAAUGACAUCGUUUACAUGUUAGACCAUGCCUAUACAAAGGAAGAUAUCGUUAAAGCUGAGAAAUUCAUGAUUGAUACGUUAGAUUUUGAAAUUGGUUGGCCAGGUCCCUUUUCAUUUUUAAGAAGGAUUAGUAAAGCCGAUGAUUAUGAAUACGAUACUAGGACUUUAGCCAAAUAUCUUUUAGAAACAACAACGAUGGAUUCUAAGUUAGUUGCAGCUCCACCAAGCUGGUUAGCAACGGGUGCAUAUUUCCUCAGUAGAAUUAUUCUGGGUUGUAAUGAAUGGACCUUGAAACAUAUCUAUUAUUCUGGUUAUACUCAAGAACAAAUUUUCCCACUAGCGACUGUAAUAUUGGAAAAUUGUAGGUUUGCUGAAAGACGUCAUCAAGCCAUUUGGAAAAAAUAUUCAGAACGUAGACAGCAUAGAUCGGCUCAAGUAGUCGCCAAAUGGAUUGCAUUGGCUGAGAGGAGGAUUGAUCAGUCAUCUAUUUGA